AUGUUUGGGAACAAAGGGCCAGAUAUAGAAAAAGAUGUGCUAAAGUACAUGACUUCAUUGUUUAAUGAGUAUGUGAAGAGUGAUUCAAAAGAUAAAGGUAGUCAACUUUCUUCAAUAGAAGUGGCAACUUCCAGUUCAAGGCUCGAACCUAUAGGGGAAUUUGGUGACUUCUAUAAGGAAUUAUUUAGACAUACAUCUGGAAGUGGAGGUGCAGAUUCUAAGUCAGAGUUAGAAAAAUAUCUUGCAGAAGAUAUUAAAAUUGGAAGACAAGAUUUUAAAAUAUUGCUUUGGUGGGAAGUUAACUCACCUAGAUUCCCCAUUCUUUCUGAGAUGGCUCGAGAUGUGUUAGUCAUUCCUAUUUCAAGUGUGGCGUCCAAAUGUGCUUUUAGUACUGGAGGGCGCGUUCUUGAUUCGUUUAGGAGUUCAUUAACUCGUAAAUUGGUACAAGCUCUAGUGUGCCUUCAAGAUUGGAUUUGA